UCAUUUGAUCGAAAAAUGCAAACAAAUAUGCAUGUUAAGAGACUGGUAGUACCUUUUCAACGCAUUGUAUUCGUGUGUCUGUUGUUGGUUGCGUAUAAUGUAUUAUCUCGUAAUUUGUGAGUGAGAACUUACUUUAUCAAUCUUCGCGCGACUGAAAUGGUAAUAUAAAAGUUUAUUUUGAAUCACACGCAUCGAUCAGUCAAACUGUGAACAUCCAAUCGAUCUGUUUAUAAAGACGGUUUUUACUACUAGCAAUGAUAGUGGAAGUACUUGUGUUAGUGUUCUUAGCGUUAUGUUUGAGAUACUGUAUAAAACUUCGACAACGGAUGUCCUUUGCAAAGGAUAUGCCGACGGCGCAACCCUGCUAUCCCCUGGUCGGAAAUUUAUUGUCGCUCUUGUGGAAAAACGACGAGGAAAUGUUCGAUAAUGUACAGCACAUUAUGAAAACUCCUGCCAGAUUAUUUAAAAUAUGGUUGGGUCCAGUAUCGUACAUUGGCACCACUGACCCAGACAUGAUCCGAAGCAUUAUAACGAACCCGGAUUGCGUUCAAAAACCCUAUGUUUACAAUUUUUUCAAAUUAGAAUUCGGCCUGUUCGGGGCCCCCGCUAACACUUGGAAAGUCCAAAGGAAAGCACUGAAUCCGUACUUCAAUCACAAGAUCCUGUGCAAAUUCCUCCCGAUUUUUGAUCGAUAUGCAGAGAAGCUGGUUGAAUGUUUAUCACAGACUCCAGAACAUUUAGAGGUUCAAAUAACAAAAUUUACAACAAGAUGUACGGUGGCCAUGGUUUGUGCUACUACAAUUGGUUCUGAUAUCGAUGAAGACCGCGAUACCGAAAAGUUUGCUUACGAUAUGAAUGGUGUUUUGGAGUUAGUUUCGAAAAGAAUUUUGAACAUUUUUGCAUGCCUGGAAUCUACUUACAAGCUCACGGAGGCUUUCAGAUUGGAGAAAAGUAUGAGACAAGAUGCGUGGGAAUUUAUUGAUAAGGUUUUUCGUAAUGCCCUGAAUCAAAGAACAGGACGACGAAGAUUGAAUGAAGACGAUAAUCAGGAUGAGUAUAAGAAACCAAAAAAUUUCAUAGACCAAUUACUUGAUCUCCAUGAUUUGAAAGUUCUUAGUGACAUCGAAGUGGCUCAUAACAUAGCCACAAUAAUCACGGCGGGUAGUGAAACUACGGGAAUAGCAACGGGAUUCAUUGCACAGCUACUCGGAAUGUAUCCCCAUCUUCAGGAGAAAGUGUAUCAAGAAAUUAGUGAAGUUUUUCCCUCAACUGAUAAAUUGCACUGCACUUCUGAAAAAUUAGGACAAUUACAAUACACAAAAAUGUUUAUCAAGGAAAGCCUUCACCAUUUUCCUAUAGCCUCACAGAUCGCCCGACAAACUACAAGCGAUAUCGAGCUGGACGGAAUGCUAAUACCAACUGGUACCACGUUUGUUAUGAGUAUUCAUAAUUUACAUCGACGAAAAGAUGUUUGGGGCCCUAAUGCGGAACAGUUUGAUCCGGAAAAUUUCAGUGAAGAGAAUAUAAACAAACGUCAUCCGUUUGCUUUUCUUCCUUUCAGUGGCGGUAACCGUAACUGCAUUGAGGCGAUUGCUCGGGAAAUGAGAAAUCUUGUUCAAAAAUACCCGUCCCCGCUUUGCAUUCACCUAGGACCGUUACCACAUAUUGUCCUGUACGAGCCUGAACACAUGCAAGUUUUUCUCAAUUCGCCGCAUUGCCUGAACAAAUCACUACAGUAUAAAUUCUUUCUCGUGGAUCGAGGUCUUUUUUCGGCACCAGCCAGCUUAUGGAAGGGACAGCGAAAAAUUCUCAACUUUUCCUUCGGGCCCGCCAUCAUGAACAGCCACGUCAGUACGCUCAACCAAAAGAGUGCAAUGUUGGCAGAACUCAUGGAAAAAUACGUUGGACAGAAAGAACGGGAUUUCUUCCAUAGUAUAGCUCUUUGUACCCUGGACACUAUUUAUUGUACAGCCUUCGGUUGCGACUUCGAUCUACAAAGACAACCAGUUGGAGACCUGUACUUAAAACUACAAGCUGAAUAUAUAGAUAUAGUGACGCGUAGAGUAUUUAAUGCAUUAUUUUACCCAGAUUUCAUCUACCGAUUGACAAAUGCAUAUAAAAAACAAUUAGAGAUAAUGGAUGAGGGUCGGCUUUUCAUAUCGAAUAUCAUGAGUGCACGUAAUGUCGAUAAAGUACUUUCCUCACCAAAAACACAACCUUCAAAAACAGAGAAUGAUGACAGAAAACCGCAAAAUUUCCUAGACAAACUACUGGAAUUGGCCCAAGAAAACACUCAGCUAGCGAAGGAAGACAUUCCAGAUCAUUUGUACACAAUGAUUUUCGCUGGCACUGACACAACGGCCACCACCGUUAGUAACGUGCUACUGAUGCUGGCAGUACAUCAAGAAAUACAAGAACGCGUUUACCAGGAAAUCAUGGCGGUUUGUCCCGCAAAAGAUCAGCAAGUAUCCGUAGAGGAUGUAGCAAAGCUGUUAUACACCGAAAUGGUUUGUAAGGAAACAUUGCGCCUCUUCCCCGUUGCACCAGUCGUUGCUCGAAUUACAACUAGUGACAUUCAGCUAGAUGCCAAAACAACCAUUCCCAACAAUACAACGGUGGUGGGUGCGAUCUAUCCGAUGCAUAGAGAUCCGCGACAUUGGGGUCCAGACGCCGAAAUAUUCAAUCCGGACAAUUUCCUGCCGGAACUUGUGGCUCAGAGACAUCCGUACGCUUUCAUUCCGUUUAGUGGGGGACCCCGCAACUGUAUAGGAGUACGGUACGCCUGGCUUUCCAUGAAAGUCAUGAUAGCACAUAUACUGAGAAAAUAUCGGCUAAAAACAUCGCACACGAUGGAUACCAUUGGUAUUGAAUAUUCGAUAAUCCUAAAAAUUACGGGUGGAUGCAGGAUAUCCCUUGAGAAACGUGAUCACCCCACCGCAACCCAGUGAAACGAAGCUGAUGGUGAACUGCUGGCCAGAUUACUCUUAAUUCAACUUUUAGCUUAUGUUUUUGUAGACUUCACAAAAUUAGUACUAGAUUUGUCUAGUUUUACAAUAACAUUUUCGCUAACUUUAUUAUAUGGGUUUCAACAUUUAGAUUGAAGUUUUUAGGUGACAUAAGGGUCAUUAUCAUUCACUCUGACUUGCACAAAACUUGCCGAAUGUAUAUUAUCUGCCAAAGUUUGUAACGGAAUAAACAUUCACAAUCAUAUCAGCCAUAUUAGUCAUAUCAUUAUCUUUGUACCGAAAUGUUUUAAUUUUGAAUAAACUACCCGGUGAGGGGACUUGUGCCAUCA